CGCCCCCGCCCCCGCCGACGUCGGAGGAAGAGGCUGCAAUGGUGGAAGAGCUGCGUGAGUACACCACCACCCUCCUCCUGCCCCCCGACGACCCGUACCACCCCUGGGAAAAACGCUUCCUCGACGACACCGGCACGCACCACCGCUACAUGCGCGCCGCCAAGUGGAAGCUCGACGAUGCCAAAAAGCGCAUCAAAGCCACGAUGGAGUGGCGCCGCGAGUUCCAGCCCGACCUCAUCAAGCCCGACGAGGUCGCGGAGACCGCGGCGACCGGAAAGCUCCUCCUCAACGGCUUCGACAAGGAGUCGCGCCCGAUCAUCUACAUGCGUCCCGGGCGCGGCAGGCCGCCCGACAACGACAAGCAGAUCCGGUACCUCAUCUUCUUGCUCGAGCGCGCCAUCGACAUCAUGCCAGACGGGCAGGAGCGCGUGUGCAUCAUCGUCGACUACAAAGACGCAAACAAGCAGCCCCGCCAGCCGAUGAAUGUGUCGCUGUACGUCUUGAACGUGCUGCAGAACCACUACGUUGAGCGUCUCGGCCGCGGCCUCAUCCUCAACAUGCCAUGGUUCGUCAACGGCUUCUUCAAGGCCAUCUCGCCGUUCAUGGACCCGGUCACGCGCGACAAGGCCCGCUUCAACCCCAUCCUCACAGACCUCGUCGACCCCGCCCAACUCGAAGCAGACUACAAGGGCGGCGAACACGCCUUCGAGCUCGACAUCGACACCUACCUCCAGCACCUCAAGGACCACUGCUGCAUCUGCGAAGACGGCACGCGCCACUUCGACGGCGUGCCCUGGUACCCGCCUAGCGGGCGCGGCAUCGUGCACGCCAAGGAGACGCGCAAGGCGGCGGCUAGCGAGGGCGAGGGCGAGGGCGAGGGCGAGGGCGAGACGGCGUCGGUAGACACUGUCGCGGCGCAGCUAGAGAAGACGCAGUUGGAGAAGGCGGAGGUGCCGGCGCCAGCGCCCACGGCCGCGUGAGAGAGAAGAACUGGGUUUUGGGAGUUUUCUUGUGUAUACUUAUAGAAUCAUGACGCUGGGAGGUUAAAGAUUG